UAGUUCACUCCUGCCGACUCCCUCAGUCCCCUGCACUACUUUCUCGCGCUCCGGGGUCUCCGGGGAGUCUGCGCACGUUUCCCUUCACUCUCGGCUCUCGGGGAGCAGGGACAGAGGCCAGGCACGCGCGUGGGCUCGCGUCCUUCCCCGCCCCUCUGGCUGCGCGUCUGCCCUCCCUCUCUCCAUCCCUCCCUCCCCUGCAGCGCCUCCCUCUCUCCGGGAGGGAACCAUUGAACUCCGUAGAGGGGCUGCGGGCACCUGGCCAGAGCGGUUCGGGCUGCUCUCCUGCUCCACACUUCUGCCCCCCGAGCGCCAGUAGAGACGGGAACGGGACCCCUGCGACUGGCUGCUCCGCGAGGGAGAAGGGCUGGGGGGGAGAGCGCGCGCUCCUCCGCGGCCCCCGCUGGCUGUCAGCGCAGCUCCUCCCCUCCAACCUGUUCCCCUCGCCGCUGGCUGCCGGCGCCGCUGCUGCCUCCGCCUUGGUAGCGCUCCUCUAGCCCCAACCCUUGUGCAUUCCCUGGAGGGCUUCCCCUCCGGCCAUGGAUUUACUCCUGGCACUGGUGCUAGCGUCCUCGCUCUACCUGCAGGCUGCGGCGGAGUUCGAUGGGAGGUGGCCCAGGCAAAUAGUGUCCUCCAUUGGACUAUGUCGUUAUGGUGGUAGAAUUGACUGCUGCUGGGGCUGGGCCCGUCAGUCCUGGGGACAGUGUCAGCCUUUCUACGUCUUAAGGCAGAGAAUAGCCAGGAUAAGGUGCCAGCUCAAAGCUGUGUGCCAACCCAGAUGCAAGCACGGUGAAUGUAUAGGACCAAACAAGUGCAAGUGUCAUCCUGGAUACUCAGGGAAAACCUGCAAUCAAGAUGACCACCUCUAUCCAACCCCUCUUGACCAGCACAGUGAACAGCCUCCUGUCCACCCCCUGGAUCUUCAUGCAACAAAUUUACCUUCAAGGGAUUUAAAUGAAUGCGGUCUCAAGCCUCGGCCCUGCAAGCAUCGUUGCAUGAAUACUUAUGGCAGCUACAAAUGCUACUGUCUAAAUGGGUACAUGCUCAUGCCGGAUGGAUCUUGUUCAAGUGCCCUGUCAUGCUCUAUGGCAAACUGUCAGUAUGGCUGUGAUGUUAUGAAAGGUGAUGUACGCUGCCGUUGUCCUUCACCAGGGUUACAGCUGGGGCCAGACGGGAGGACCUGUGUGGAUGUGGAUGAAUGUGCAACUGGGAGAGCCUUAUGUCCCAGGUUUCGGCAAUGUGUGAACACCUUUGGAAGCUACAUCUGCAAGUGCCAAAAAGGCUUUGACCUCAUGUAUAUUGGAGGCAAAUACCAGUGUCACGAUAUAGAUGAGUGCUCUCUUGGGCAGUACCAGUGCAGCAGCUUUGCCCGAUGUUACAACGUCCAUGGGUCAUACAAAUGUAAAUGCAGGGAUGGAUACCGGGGAGAUGGAAUGAACUGCAUAUAUAUUCCAAAGGUUAUGAUUGAACCUUCGGGACCAAUUCAUAUAUCAAAAGGAAAUGGUACUUUCCCAAAGGGUAAUGGAGGACAUAUUAAUAGAAUUCCUGAUGUUGCAAGUACAAGAUGGCCUCCAAGGACCCCACACAUUCCCAUUAUUCAUACGGAAAGACCCACUCCUAAGCCACCAAGACCUACACCAAAGCCAACAACACGACCUCCACCAACCACAACUGAAUUUAUUACUGUCCGGAUGACACCACCACCACCACCACCAACAGCAGUGGCAACACAAAGACCAACCCCAAAGCCAUCAACAAUGGCACCUUCAUUUUCCACCAAAAUACCAAUUGAAAGUACAUCUCCAAGAGGAAUGACAGUUGACAACAGAAUACCAAUAGAUCCUCAGAAACCCAGAGGAGAUGUGUUCAUUCCUCGUCAGCCAGGAGUGAACAAUGACCUGUUUGAAAUAUUUGAAAUUGAAAGAGGGAUCAGUGCAGAAGAUGAAGCCAAAGAUGAUCCAGGUGUUCUGAUACACAGCUGUAAUUUUGACCAUGGUCUUUGUGGAUGGAUCCGAGAAAAAGAUGAUGACUUACACUGGGAACCAACCAGAGAUCCAACAGGUGGGCAGUAUUUGACUGUCUCAGCACCCAAAGGCCCAGGUGGAAAAACAGCUCGCUUAGUGCUACCUCUUGGCCACCUCAUGAAUUCAGGCGAUUUGUGUCUGUCAUUCAAGCACAAAGUAUCUGGGGUUCACUCUGGCACACUCCAGGUGUUUGUGAGAAAGCAUGGUACUCAUGGAGGAGCCCUAUGGGGAAGAAAUGGCGGCCACGGCUGGAGGAAAACACAGAUCACCUUACGAGGUUCUGCUAUCAAGAGUGUCAUCUUCAAAGGUGAAAAAAAGCAUGGCCACUCCGGGGAGAUUGGAUUGGAUGACGUGAGCUUGAAGAGAGGCCGGUGCUCUGAAGAACCCUAGCUCCUCCAACACUGGCAAUGAGCAUCUGCUUGGUUCCCACUCCUCCCUGCUAUCCCUACCUCCUAUCUCCCUUUCCAUCAGGCUGAGAAGAGCUGGGUCAGGAGCAAGAUGGGUUGGAGAUCCAAUUCUUGUUGGCCUGCUUUGUGCAAUUCCCAAUGAAGAGUAAAACUCUCCUUUACAUAAAGAACCCCCAUGAUGGUUACCCCUUCGUCCAUUGUCUCUUCUGGUGCUGCAGUGUACAUGGGACAAAACACAUCCUUCAUCGUGGCUCUGAGAUGCCUCUGGAAAUAAGGAAGAAGAUCACAUUUUGGUGGGGAGUUAAAAAAAAGGCAACUCCCUAUGGAAAGGGAAUCCUACUAAGUGUCCCUUGCUGUACCAAAUGUAGUAACCGUUUCACAUGUGAUACAGUCUACCUGUAGAAAUGGUUUAUUCUCCUAAUUUAAGCUAGCUCUAGCCUGGAACCAAACUCUGGUUGUCUACUUACUGCCAUUUUUUUAAAGAAAGAAGGAUGUGUAUGUUCAAUGUCAAAUUACAUUUAUUCUUAUGUUGUAUCCAUUUUUUAAAAAAAGAGACAAUUAUAUAGAGUAGGCAUUGCAUCCCUUUAAUAUUGGUAGAGCUGUGUUUUCUGUAAAUGUGCUAUUGAUAUUAUGUAUUUAUGUGUUCCUAAUAUUUGCAGACUCUAGCUGUAAGAUAAAAAGCAGCUUGUGAUCUCUUGAGCUUAGAAAGACACAUCAUGGGAAAUCUCAUCCUUUUCUAUGACCCUGUGCUGUAGGCCUGAUAGAAAACUGUAAAUAUCAUCUCACUUUGACAGGAUAAGGCAUUGGUGUGAGCUAAAUACAUAUUUUUAUAACAUAAUUGUCUUAAUUCUGAUUAAUCCAGACCAGAGGUGUCAAAUAGGUGGCUCAUGGGCCACAUUGUGGCUGGCAACACUCCCCCUGGGGUAGCCUGAAGGAGACUAAAACAUCAUUGGAGAAUAUUUAACAAAAUAAAUAAAACUAUAUCAAGCCCACAAGGAUUCUUAUAUACAGGUGUUGUGGCCCAUUUCUAUUUGAAUUUGACACCAUUGAUCAGAACAAUUUUGAUUAGAAUCAGCUCCUUCCUUCCUGCUAAGGGUAGCAAACCAUUGCUUCAUAGUACACAAGUGAAUUUCUGGCAUCUUAUGAAUGAGUAGAUUUCUAGUUUUCAAUUCAUAGAAGGGACUGAGGAGUUCUAGUCCAAACCCUGUUUUUUUUGGAUGAAGAAACUAAGGUCCAAAGAGAAUCUCAAGGUCAAAGGUUACAGUUCUGUAUAUGAAAAGGAAAUCAAAGGCCAUCUAGUCCCCACCACCACCAUUUUAUAGAUGGGAGAACUGAUGAACAAGGAAGUUCAGUCAAUUGCCCAUGAUCCAAUAAAUCUGCCACAAAUAAAUGGCAGAGGCAAAAUUUGAACUCAGGUCCUUGGAUUCCAGAACCAAUGCCUUUCCCAUUGUGCCAUAUAGAAUCCUGAAUAUAUUAACACCCUUCAUUGCUUGAAGCCAUGAUUUCAAAGGCAAACAUGGUGACAAAUAGCUAUUUGCUAUUAUCCUAUGUCUCUCUCUUGAGAAAUCUCUAAAAUUUCUACUUGCUUACCAGGAAGGAGGGAAAGGAGUCUGUUGGCAUUUCUUUAAGGCAUUUGUUAUACUUUACCAAUUUUUAAAAAUUUGAUAUGUAAUUUAUAUGCCAGAGUAUCUACUUGGGACAUGAAGAAAGUUGGGGGAAGUAGUGUUUAUGAGAUGCAGUGGAUUGGGUUAGUGUGUAUAUAGGCAGCCAUUUAUUUAUAAGGACCUAUCACCAUUUUAGACUAAAUGAAACCAGAUUUAUAUUUAUUCCCAACCAAUUUCAACUUAAGUAUAAAAGCAAAUGCAUCUUAGAGGCAACAAUACUUCUUAAACAUUUAUUAUUCACACUGAAAAAAUAAAAAAAUAGUUUCUGCAGUUCUGCCAGAACUCUCUUAGAGGGUUGGGAGAGAAAGGUCUAGGAUGGAACAUUUAAGGAACUGGGAUCAGUCAGUUUGGAGAAGAAAAGAUUUAGGGGCAAAUCAAUGUUGAUUUCCAAGGAUACAAAGCUCAGUUAUGAACCAUCCUCUGUGGUUCACAUACACUGAAGAAAAUAAGAAGAAAUAAGAUUAGACUAUAGUGUAAAGGGGAAUUUCCCAGCUAGGGUAGUUGGAAAUUCAAAUUGUUUACUGAGGGAAGUGGAGCUGAGGACUCUCUCCAAAAGGCUUUGAAAACAGGAUAGCUUGUUUUGUUUUGUUUUAGUUUAAUUAGGAUGUCUAGUCCCACAUCAAGAUAGAUUAAAAAAAAACAACUAAAGAAACUCCCCAAACACCUUCCACCUGAAGGAUGGCUGUGCUCAGGUCAAACAACACUGUUUUGACUAGGUCUGAAUCUUAUCAAGUUCUUUCACAACUUCUUUGCUCUUGUCCUAAUUUGAUUUUUCCAUAUAUCCCAUUGAUCCAUGUAGAUAUCCUCUUCCCCAGUGCAGAUGGGCAAUCCAUCUCAUCCUCAAGUCCUACUUGAGGUCAAAGAGUGAUUGACUAGAAGGAGUUAACAAAUGUUAAAUCUGGAAAAGACCUUGCAGGCUAGCUAGUCCAAUCACCUCACUUUCUCAAUGAGGAAACUGAGGCCAAGAGAGUUUAAGGUACUUGCCUUAGGUCAUAUGUAAUUAAGUGACAGAGGCAGGAUUUGAACCAAAGUUCUUUGAUUCCCAAGCCAUUGUUCUUUCCACUGUUUCCUGCCAGGAUUCCAGCCUUUGACUUAACAGUAUCCCUAACACUAUUAUUGGAGUGCCCAGAAGGCAAAUUCAAGCUUUCUGUGAGCCCCUGUGUUGCUGGAGAGAGUUGGAGGAGGAAGUUCUUGCUUUGGGCAGAUGGACAGAGGGGCAGGGCAUGCAAAAAAUGUCUUCAGGCACUGGGAAGAGGGGAAAUGGAGCAGCGACCUGAGUGCCAUCUCUGCACAUGUGCCACAUCUUUGCCAUUGCUGCUAUAUAGGCUUCUAAUAUGUCUGGUGAUAGCACCUGAGGGAAUUUCACUUUGUCAUUAAAAAAAUACUCUGUCCAGGAGUAGACUGACUAUAGAGGAGAAAGAACAUCAGAGAAAUUUUGUUCAGCAGGGGAGUGGCAGAAACCUCUCAGGAGAAGGAGGGUGAUUAGUCUCUUGGGUAAACAGGUAGAGCACUGAAUACUUCAGUAUCAAGGGCUUUUGUCACCUGGAUGGCCCAGUUUCUCACUUUCUCAAAUAGCAACACUCAUGGAACAGUGGAAACCACUGAAUGUUUCAUCAUGUACUGGGAAACAAGAAGGAAGGCAUGAGGUGAGAAAUAGAACUUGUCAUAGGUCAAUAUAAAUUAAGGGGCAAGGAAACUGAACUUGGAUUUCUACAUAUAAAACAUUUCUGCCAUUUGCUUUUCUACUGGCCAAAUAACUGCACAGGGAAAAAUAGAAGGAGGAAAUAAUUGAAAAGUCCACUUGUAGGUGCCAAUAAGAUAUUACACUAAACAGAUGGAAGAAGUUAUCAAAAGUACUGUAUAACAUCUUACUGGUUUAUUAUUUAAUGUUUUCUAAAAUGAAAAAAGUUAAUGGUUUUCCAUAAUGGCUAAAAAUAAAAAUGUUUCUUCACAAAUGUCAA